AAAGCAAAGAGAUGAGGGAGAGACGGAAGGGAAGAGAGGAAUACGGGUGGGGUUCGGAUCCUGGAUUCGGGUCAAACCCAAGAAACAAAAUCACUCACAGGGUCUCGGUUGUGUGUGAUAAGAAAUCAAAAAAAUGGAGAAGAUUACGAGUGGUCUUCCCCCCCCUCUCUUUACCACUAUACUCACCAUACAUUACCCCCAAAAUACUCAAACCCUAAUAACCCUUUCUCUCUUUCUCUCUCUCUCUCUCUACAUCCACAAACGAUCCGUUUCCCUGUAUCGUUUUCUGCCAUUAUCUCUCCCUCCCUCCCUCUCUCCUCUAUCUUACACUUCCCCUUUAUCGUCUCACAAGGGUUUCGACUUUUUCUUUCUUACGGCGAUCGCUUCUAUCUCAAUUUUGGUCCUUUUCACUAGAUGAGUAUCGUAUUUAUGGUAUUUUACCGCUGAAUGAUUAUUCUACCAGUUAUCUUGUACUACAAGUGACUGUUUCUCGUUUUAACUUGCUGCAUUACUGGGCUUCCAUGUGGUUACUCUCUGUCGCUAUCUGAUUGUUGGCUAAAAGGGGACCACCCCCAACAUAAUGGAUGAGUUUGGUGGUCCUCGAUUUGAAGGGGUCGGGAAUACUAUUAGAAGGAAGAGGACCCAAACAUCUAGACGACCUAAACCUGAGGUGCAGGCAUUACCUGUAAAUCAUGAUCAGGCAUCUCUCUCAUCAACACCGCCUUCAGAUGACACUAGCAAGAUAUCAAGUGAUGAGAAUGCUGUUGAUGCUAAUCCUAGGAGAAAAGUAUUCAACCUUAAUCAAUGUGCUUCAGUGGGUUCAUCAGCUACCAGAACAGAAGGUGAAUACUCGCAUAAGAGAGUUCAAACAGAGGACGGAAGAUAUAACAGUUCCUUGCAUAGCAAUGGAGGUUUGACGGAUGCAAAUGAAGAGGCCCAAAGUGGCCUUAUCCAGAAGCAACAUGCUAACUCAAGAGCAUCAGAUGAUAUAGGUGGAAAUGAAAACAAAGUAAAAAAGGUCAAGCUUAAGGUAGGUGGCAUAACAAGGACAAUUCAACCCAAGUCCAGUUUAGCAACCAUUGGUUCUUCAAAGAAUGCAGGAUGUUCAGAUGUCCCUCGCCCUCGGCCAAAAUUGAUUCUCCAGGACAAUUCCGAUGAAGACGAUUCGUCUCCUCUAGGUAAAAAGAUUGGGUUGCAAGGGAUCCCGUGGAAGGAUUUCUCGAGGGGUGGUUUUAGUCUUGGGAGAGAAAACUCUUUAAUGGGGAAGACUACAGAAAGGAAUUCUGGAGGAAAGCAAGGGGAGAAGUCGGAGCGAGUCCGAAAGAGCAAGAGGGUACCAAAGAAGCGCUUAUUAGAUGGGGAUUUCGAUGAAGAAGAGGAUGAUGAGAUACGAUACCUGGAGAAGCUGAAAACCGUUAAGGUUGCUGCGGCAUGUAGAGAUUUUGAUGACGACUCGAGUAAGAAACACCGGAGUCUUUCUAGGGUUUCUAAAGGCGGCAAGUCUGAAAAUUCAGAAGAUCCGAUCCCUUUAAGAUUGGGUAGGGAUAUUAAGAAGUCUAAAUCAGAUAGUGUAUCUGUUGACACAGAUUUGGAGGAGGAAGAUCUGGUCUCUGAUAACGAAAAUGAAGGAAACAAGGCAAAGAAAUUAAGAAAGGAUUCUCCUGAUUCACCAACUGAAACCAAGAGGGAAACAAGUCUCACUUCACGUCAAAGGGCUCUUCUUUCUGGCAGGGAUUCUGCAUCUGCUGCCAGUCAAAUUGAGUUUCCAAAUGGGUUGCCACCAGCUCCCCCUCGAAAGCAAAAAGAGAAACUUACCGAAGUGGAGCAGCAGCUCAAAAAAGCUGAGGCUGCUGAGCGCCGCAGGAUUCAGAAUGAGAAAGCAGCUCGGGAAUCAGAGGCUGAAGCAAUCAGGAAGAUACUUGGUCAAGAUUCAAGUAGGAAGAAACGUGAAGAUAAAUUGAAGAAGCGCCAGGAAGAGUUGGCACAGGAAAAGGCUGCCAACGCAAAGAUGCUUGGACCCAGCACUAUUCGAACAGUUAUUAGCCCAACUGGAACUGUUGUUGCAUUUGCUGAUGAUAUCGGUCUGCCUCAUAUUUUUGACCCCAAACCUAGCUGUUAUCCCCCACCAAGGGAAAAAUGUGCUGGGCCGUCUUGUAACAAUGCAUACAAGUAUCGAGAUUCCAAAUCCAAGCUUCCUCUUUGCAGCCUCCAAUGCUAUAAGGCUAUUCAUGAAUGGAUGCAGGCUGACAAUGGGUGCUAGUAAUGUUGCGUUUUAUAUGAUGAAGAAGGUACAUUGAAUUGUUAGCAGAUAGGUGAGUGACAGACAGACAGACCACAGUUAGUUUUGUGUUAGCAAACUGAGAUGAUGAAAUUAAUGGAAUUUGGGCGCUUUGAUUUUUAUAUAUCAAGUGAAAGCUUCUUACC